GUCUGCUGUGAAUAGUGCUGCAGAGAUCAAUGCUCGUAAAUGUUGUUAAAACGAGCAAGGCGUAGUUUAAUCGGCACGGUGUUCGAUAAGUGGCCGGGUAAAAAGUUAUUCGGUGUGUACAGAUUUUUGCCGAUAUUUUUUGUCCUCGGUGCAGCACUCGAGUUUUCCAUGAUAAACUGGCACGUCGGUGAAGUUAACUUUUACAAAACCUUUAAAAAGCGGCGAAUCGAAGAGGCGGUAGAGAAGAAGCUAGCACAACUGCAAACGUAA